UCAUGACAUCACAGGAUGCAUUUUGAUUGGCUGAAUCGAGAGGCAGCAGGGUUUAAAAGCCAUGCAGCUGUGAGCAUCAAAACAAAACAAGAUCUCAACCAAGAGACUUGGAAAGUAGUGAUCGAUCCACUACCACACAGCAGCAAGAGGGUUAGAGUCACAGCAGCUGAGGAACAGACCACACAAAGGAAAAUGAAGGCUGUCGUUGUUUUCUUGCUCCUUUUCGCAGCGGUCUAUUGUCACCCUGUGAAACGUUCUGCCAGCAGCUCAGAGAGUGCUGACGUGCAGCCUGUUGAUACUCAGGCUUUGAAAGUCACUGCGGUUGCUGAUGUUAGCUCUGAAGAGGAUGAUGAUGAUGCUGAUGAUGAUGAUGAUGACAAUGACAGCGAUGAGUCCGAUGAGAAUGGGGGGCCCACCAGUUCUCCUCCUAUCAUAGAAACCACUCUGAUCAAUGUUAUUAAUGGCCGUGGAGACAGCAUUGGCUACCAGAGUGACUACAAGAAACCCAUCUAUUAUGUGGAUGGCAACAACAUUGACAAAGGACCUUCUUCUUAUAAAUCAUAUGGAUCUGACAAGACCAAGUAUGAUGGUGUGGAUCUGAAGGUGUACAAGGCUCUGCAGGUGCACAAUGUUGGGCUGGACCAGGGAGUGGACGCCUCCAGUGGCACGGACAGUGAUGACAUGAGCCAGCAAGAGCAGAAGGCAGCUUCCACUUCCACUGCCAGCGAUGCCAUUCACAGUCAGGAGAGUGACGAGGACAGCCAGAGCAGUGAGGAGGACACAACCGCUGCCACCACGACCGACAGCAUCUCAUCUGAGAGCAACGAGAGUGAGGAGACCAACACCGCUGACCAGCCUGCAUUGCUCAAGAGCGAGAACCCUGAAGUCAUCAUCGCUUAAAUACACCCCAAACCUGCUGGUGACAAGUGACUCACUUCACUUCAUGUGAUAAGUAGCAGAACGCAAUGAUACAGCUCAGACAAGCCCGGUCUAGUACCACGGCUGCAUUUCGUUACCUGUCAAAAAGCCAUUUCUUUUAAACAAAUCUACAUUUGCACAAUCAUUUAUGAUAAGUUUAUGUAAUAUAUUUUAUUCUCCCCUGUAUCAUGAUUUAUCCUUUAUGAAUAAAACUUUUUUUUCUUUUUCAAAAAAUGAAAA